CUCGGAUAUCGCCGGUACGGUCGUGACUGUGCGAUGUGGCUGAAUGUCCUUCCCGGGGCAGAAAACGGACUCUCCUCACCGAGCCAGAGCAGGUAUGAAGCGUCCAUCCAGUCCAGGGUUUCCAGAGAUUGGGCCAGCUGCAGCUUCAGAGCUAUGUAUGGGGCAUCGUCACAGAGACGGGGACCCCCGGCCAAAGCGCGAGCGUAAGCAGCGGACCCUGACGCUGUGUGAGGUGUGUAACAUCCAGCUUAACUCCAGUGCUCAGGCACAGAUACACUACAAUGGAAAAACGCACCAGCGCAGACUGCGACAGGCCAACCAGGCCAAAAACAACCGGACAGCCAACAACAACACAGGAAGUCCUGUCCAGGGCAGUCCUUUACUGACGUCAUUGCCACUUCCUGGACGGCCGCUGCAGCCUCAGCUGGACCUGAAGCACAUUCUUCCUCUGAGGGUCAAUGGCUCCUCCCCCCUCAGCCUCUUCCCCAACUUUAACACGAUGGAUCCUGUUCAGAAGGCAGUUAUCAGCCACACAUUCGGCCUUCCGCAGCCAAUCAAAAAGAAACAGAUCAUCUCCUGCAACAUUUGUCACCUCCGCUUCAAUUCUACAAACCAAGCUGAAGCUCAUUAUAAAGGCCAUAAACAUGCACGUAAACUCAAAGCCAUCGAUAACCAGAAGAACAAACAGAGGAACCAGGGAAGAGAGAGAGAAAGAGAGAAAAAGAAAGAGAGAGCGAGAGAAGAGGGGAAGGCUGGACACCUUCCUGCAUUGAUGGACAGCAGUGUGUUGGAGAGGCCAGCAAUUAUGUGUGACUCUCAGGUUGCACACUUGAAGCUGGAUGAAGCCCAUGCACAGGGCAACUCAGUCAUGCUCACCCCCAUCUCAGACUCCUCCUCCACAGACCCAGCACCACUUCAGUCCCCCCAGGUUUCUCCCAAUUCCCAGCAAUCAGUAAGCUCAUGUGAAGCUGUCCCAGACCCACCUGCCCUGGGCUCAGAUUCAGAGCCUUCAGACCAGCCCAAAGGAGACCAGGAACACGAGACUGGGGCAGAGCCAAACAGAGAGGGCCGGAAAAACAAACAGAAUCUCCACUGUCCUGUCUGCAAAGUCACAGUCAACUCCAGAUCACAAAUGGAUGCUCAUUACAGCGGCUCUAAGCACAAGCUGAUGUUGGAGGGUCAGUGUGUGCAGCCUCGGCGACGGGGAGGGAAGGUGGUCUCCUCCCGCAUGAAUCCCCGUUCUAAGCGCCAUGGCAACAAGAACAGUGCCACCUCCAGCAGCCAAUCGUAUCAUUGCGAUGUGUGCGAUAUAACUGUCAACUCAGAAACUCAGCUGAAACAGCAUAUGAGCAGCAGGAGACAUAAAGACAGACUGGCAGGAAAACCCCCCAAACCAAAGUUCAGCCCUUACAACAAGAGUUCAGCCAGCUCAGUGCUAGCGAAUGCGGGGUUGGCUGGUCUGUUGGGCGGGGCUGGCUCCGCCUUUGGGGGAGUGUAUCACCCCUACAGCCUCACCACAAUAACUCCUCAGGUGAGCCCGGAGGUCACAUCAUGUCCAAACCCCAAAGGCUCAUCUGUGAUGAGGGCAGACCAAAUUAGCCCUUCAGAAGGAGCUGUCCAAAACCUUGACCGCUGGCUUUCUACCUUCACCUCUGACCCCCGCGACCCUCUGCACCAUGGCAACAAAUCCUCUUACCUUACGCCACACCACCGGGCCGACCACCAUUAUUCAAACCCCCCUGCUUAGCCCUGCCCUCUUUAGACCUGCCCCUGGACCCCUGAGGGCAGCACAUGCUCCAAUCAUCUUCUCUCCUUAUUAGCCCCGCCCACCAGAGACUCUGCAUUAUAGACUCGUAAGAAAACAUGAAAAACUUUGUGGAAACUUUAUUAUGGAGAAGAACUGCAAAGAGGUCACUCAAGAAGAGGUUAUCACUGAAAUAACUAUGCAGCCAGAGAGAGAUAUACACUGACCAUUUAGGAAGAGCCAGCUGUGUACUACAAAAUAUGAGCCAGUCACUUAAAUAGUUCCAACAGAAACACCAGUUAGCUUGGGGUCAAAAAUAUUCUGGUUUGAGUUCCCUUUUGAACUGCUGAUCUAUUCGUGCUCCUUCAGCAAAUGCAUUCUUUCAUAUUGACUGUUGCUAAGUUGAACAACUUUCACAAAAUGUUCCCAAAAGUCCCAUUCAACCUGAAAUUAGGCUGGAUUUUAUUGAGCUGCGUUGUGUUGUUUAGCUAAUUGAAAGUAGUCAGGCUGUAAACAGCAACACUUUUGCCACCAUGCAAACGUUAGUUACAAAAAAAAAAACUAUCUUAAGGCUGGGUUUACAUAGUGAAACUUUCAUGCAUUUCAUGCAUUUUGAUACAUUUGAUGCAUAGUUGCAUGUUGUGAGUUGUCUGCACCAUAAUAUCUGUGCAACCUGACAGUGUAAUUUACAUAUUUGCAACAUUUUUUAACAUCUUAUGUGUUUUUCCUGCUGUCCUUGCCAUUCUUUUAAUUUCAUAUCUAUAUGUCUGUAAAAUAUGGGUGCACCAAAAUAGGAGAAAUUCUAGCAUAGCAGUUCACAAUAACAUCAGGCAAAAGAAUGAACACUGGCUAGUCAACGCUGACUUUACUUCACUAAAGUUGCUUAUAAGUUUCACUGUGCAAAGCCAGCCUAACAGUGUGGUGUUUCACAUGCGUACAAAUGUGAAAUUAAUAACGCACUUGAAAAGGUAUUUUGACAAAAGCUGAGUUGUGCACUACAGUUUCUCCUUAGGUUGAAUGGGAUUUUCAUCAGCGUGCUGUAAAGCUUGGCCUGCUUUCCUUCAGGCUCUGGUAAGCCUGUCCAUACACUCCUCUGGUGCUUUCAAGGCGUAUCUAUUGAUGCCAAGGAUACUUUAGUUUCCUCUUCCUGUCUGGUCAGUUGCAAAGGACCAUGGGUACCUCCUGUCUCCAACAACGAAGAUGGGUCGUUUCAGAAGGAGGGAACCAAUGUGAAGUUUUAGUUUGUGUUUUAUCGUUUUUUAGCUAGUAGAGGUGCUUUAGGAGUAUUCUAGUGUUCAUAAGGCAGAUGCCAAAAUCCCUUUACUUGAUUUAUUGAUAUUGUUGGCUUUUUUUAAAAAUAUGUAGGAUAGAAUAAUAGGCAUAGUCAGAGAUGGAACAGCAGUUGUGAGGGGGAAAAUGAGGAACAGAAAGCUAUGAAGAGUUAGAAGUGGGACGCAAUGAAAAGUUGUUAUUUUGCUUGUUCUCACACUUGCAAAUGUGCACUAUACGGUGAGGGCUUUACCGUAUUAAGUUGAAAAAUAACAGUGCAGUAAGGGUUUUUUUUUUAAGCUGCCAUAAAUGGUAUUUGGUCAUUUUUAAUGGGCAAAAAUUGGCAGUUAUUUGUUAAGUAAAUCAAUUUAAAGGAAUACACCAGUGUUUUUAACCUAUUCUCUGUCUGCUGCAGUUGUAGCAUAUAGGCAACUACCACAGACAAUGAUUUCAACAUAGUUGCCUGUUCUUAUGAAACAGAAUUAGGUGACUCUGUGAAACCAGGUCCAGCAUCAGGGAGUUAUUUAGUGUCUCAGUGCCCCAUUAACCAGUCAUCAUGCCACAGUAAACCUACUACUUUUUACAUGCUUCUAUAGCGGCAGGACUGAGAACUAAAUGUAGCUCUGGACUUUUGUCUAGACCAGUCCACGGCAACCAAAGUGACCACCUCCAUCCCUGGUGGCAGAAGGCUAAAACAAAGUGAAACUUCCAAAAUUGGUAUUUGGUGAUUUGCUUUAUAUGUGACUCUCUUGAUGAGUCUCUGCCGAAUGUAUGGCUUUGGUCAGAUCUACCAUACAUUUCUUGCCCCAUAAUUUCUGUGUCGUGUGAAUACAUUGCCCCCCUUCUCGCCCUCACCCUCCAUGGUUUUUGGAUGCACCAGGCCUCCUUGAAACUCACUUAUAACAGCCAGUUGCUGAAUUUUAUGAAGAUUUGUUGACUUGUAUAGCACAAAUUUGAAACUAUGGCCGUUCCACUCAAACACUACAUGUGUUAGAAUGAGAUCGACUCAUAGAACUCUUACCAAAGCUGUUCUUUAGAAGAGGUUUUAUCCAAGUUUUUAACACUGGAGCAACUAAAAACACAGUUCUGCGCUUUCGCUAAGGUGCCCACUCAAAGUUUGGCUUCAGCUUAAAUCGGGCACACCUGAUUUAGGUUAUGAGGGCCUUUAGAGGCAUCUGAAUAUCAGGGACAGAUGUGUAGGAUCUGAACUCUCCAGGGUGGUAAUCUUCAGGAUCAGGAUGGGGCAGCCCUAUCCUAAGGUUUUCUUGAAUAUAUGGCAAUCAGAAUACUUCGCCAGCACCACUGUGUUAGUAAACACUAACCACAAGUUCUUCCCUUGUAAAAACGAGAUUAUAUGUAUAGCAUAUACAUACAGAUAUAUCUAUAGCUAAAUAAUCUACUUAAGUCUUAUUAAGCACAAACAAUAACUGAAGGAACAUACCAACUGCCCAUUGGCUUCUUUUGCGAGCCAGUUAUAGCAUUGUCUAUUCUUUUUUACAGAGAAACAUGUUAAAAUUAUUGACCCUUGUACAAUACAGAUGUGACAGAGAUUAGUUUGAAAAAUGCUGUUGUAUUCCUUUUAUUUCUUCCUCUCACCCUGUUAUCCAAGAUACUGUUUUCUUCAGCCAUUGACAAUCAGUUCCAGUCAGACAGGCUGUUGGAAGGCUCUCAGUAGAAGAUGCCCUUAGAUAUACCAUGGUGAAGGAUCAUCAGCCCUGACCCAGGCCCUAAUCUUAAGCUUGAUGCAUGGAAAAAUGAAGACCAUGCAUGAGAAGGCAUCUUCUACAAACACCUGGCGAGAGGAGAGAAGGGAGAAGUACAUUUUCAGGGACAAUAAAACAGGUAAAUGGGAUAAAACACAACUGUUAUGGAAGCAGAAAGCUACUUCACACAUAUACACACAGCCAUAUAUUUGUUAAGCUGAAUCUAAAGCAAGUCUUACACUUACUCUGAAAGAGCUGAGACAUUGUCACACCUCAUUUGCAUCCAUUUCUAUACAAUAACGCAUCGUAUCAGUUGGUAUUGGGAGAACUACAUCAUGUUGGCUUUAGAAACAACAUGUCAUUGCAGUUGUAUCAGAACCUUGUAGCUUCUUUUUGUUCCCAUUUUUACUUUGAAUGCUUUUUACCAAUUCAUGAUGAGUAAAUUAUCAAAAAUUACUUGGAAUACAAUCUUUAAUGUACAUUCAAGUUAAUAAUGUUUAAUAUUCCUUUUAAUAUAAACUUGCCGUUUCAGAGAUACAAAGUUUUGUUGUGUCAUUCAUAUUUUCCUUUAUAUUUCAGGAAAUAGCACAAAAUAAAGUCAAUUUUACAGUAUGUCAAAGUAAAAACACUAUCCUUCCUACAACAUGACACGUUUUGCUAAACAAUUGCACCUUACUGUAAUAUUUUGUCAUAACGAAGCCUAAUAACAGUGCCAUAAGGGAUGCUACACAGUUUAUUAAGUGGUAUGUGCAAUACAAAGUCUUUUUACCUUUUAUUAGCAGUUCUGUGUCCCUGAACCUCAUCCCUGUGUCAUCUGAUUUCUUAAUAUAUUAAGCAAUUUUACUGGUGUCCUAUGAAAGAGAUACAAUGUGUUUGAACUACAGUAUGAGGAGAUCAUAUACAGUUCUGUGCAAAAAGUCAAAGAUCCCCCUGCCCCAAGUCAAAAUGGCCAUUAAGUACAUAUUAUUUUUCAGGAUAUGUUUUUAAAGAGAGAGAAUAUGAGAUGUACUUGCAUAAGGAAGGAGAAAGUCAAAUGAGAAUAAGCAAAAAAAAAACAGACUAGACUUUGGAGGUGUGGAAAAAUAUCCUUGCAGAUUUGUUUGAAAAACUGAAAGCAAGUCUCCUGAAAAGAAUGGAAGUUGUAAUAAUGGAAAGAGCGCAUACAGUAAUUUCUGAAAAAUAUCAUACUUAUUUUCCUUUAACUUGCUGUGUUGUAUUAUGUCCAGACUGACAGGUCAAUCUGAUUUUUGUAAUAUCCAGACUGCAUCCAUAUUGAUUUUUGAUAGCCUGGACAACAAAAAAAAAUCACAUGAAAUCCAAUUUGGAUGUGGUUUUCAAUGUAAUUCCAAUUGAAUUUUUACAGAUGUGUCUCAGUCUGGAGACUCUAGGCCAUUUAAAGCUGAUUUAAAAGUGCCUUUUGGGUCCCUCACAACAUAAUAACAUCAGAUCCAGAGUGUCGGAGGUGCUGGGUAUUCAUCAAGAACCCCAAAGAUUCAUGCUCAUCCCAGAGAACUUUGAAGAGUUUGGAGAGGGAGAUAAUACACCCCCAUCUCUCCAGCAUCCACGUUUGAAAUCCCUGUCACCAACAUAGCUGCGUCGUUACCAGCCCAGGCAAAUAGCUUGAUGAUGUCUGGACAAAUAAAUCUGAACCGAUCACCUGCAGAAACCAGUGCAGACAGUUGUCUCAAAAGGUCUGAUUUGGGAAACAAAUGCAGUUUGCCUGCAGUCUGAACACAGUCUUAGAGGCUUCAUGGCAUUUUCUGUUUUAUGCUUUGUUUCCUGACGUUGAAAUGAACACUUACUGGCUGUUUUGCCUGCAAUUAAAUAAAUGAAGGGUGGUCUUUGUCUUUUACACAGUACUGUAUGUACUGUAAUACAGUUUGGGACACUCAUACAUACCUUAUUACAGUAUGAAAUGAUUUAUACUGUAAUAAAGUAUUUGGAGGUCGUAUAUACUGUAAUAUGAAGCUGCUAUCAUCUCCCAUUUCUCUGUGAUUUUAUAACCUCGUUGUGCAGUAGAAUAUUAAAGGAUAUGAGCUCAUAUGUUCUGAGUUGUACUGAAACCUCACCUGUUGUGUCUCUGCUGGAUAUUUUUGGGUAUCCUUUGCAAUAAUGUAAAGCCAUUCAUAGAGAUUUUGUGUAUAGUAUAUUGUUGUAAUUGGUCAUAUAAAAAAACAAUGCCGUUAC